CCGUUCAGUUACCGAACACUCGAUUAGGAGUAACGCUCCGCGAUACGGCGGAGAUCAAAGGUGACUGGCAGCCAAGCAGUUGGUUUUUGACACGGUGUGACACGACGCGACGCGACGGAACCACGGACGCAAAGGCGCAAAUUACAUGAUUUCUCGUGAUAACAGGCGGUCCGAGGGAAUUCCAGUGUCGUCGAUCGAUCGAGGGACUGUGCGUAGCCGCGUUUUUGCUGACGGAAAAGUGUUUGCCGGCUGUUCUUAGGCAAGCAAAUAGACCAGAACAGAAGAGAAAAGGGGAAAAGAUUGGGGAAGGAGUCUGCGGUGGAUCAAAUUCGUUGCAUAUCGUCGUCUCAUCACUUCGUUAAGGAUGAAGAGCACGGCUGUCGAACACCCGAAGCCGAAUUUCACCUUUUACGGCACACUACUCCUUUUUUUGACGCUGCUCGCCGAGGUAACGUAUUCGGCCGAUCUCGCAAUUGAGAUACCAGGGAACUUGAGCCAAGGAGGCUCUUGGUAUCGUUUAGAUUACAGCCCUGCUGUUGGUUAUCCACCACCUAAUACCACCAUAGCCGCCACUGACAUAGGCGAUGUUAUCAAGUUCAAAGAUGGUCUUCCUGGGACUAGAUACGAAUUUUGGUUGUAUUAUAGUAAUAGUACCCUCCAUGAUUGGCGAACAUGGACAGCCUCCAUCACGACAGCGCCGGAUCCUCCGUCGAAUUUGACUGUUUCUGUACGAAACGGCAAGACUGCAGUAGUUUAUUGGUCACCACCAGCUCAGGGCAAUUAUUCCGGCCUCCGGUUGAGGGUGCAAAGUUUGAGCGACAGCGGAAAUCCAAAAACAAGCGUGAUUCCUGCGGAUGCAGUCUCUUAUGUGCUUCGCGAUCUCAUUCCUGGGGCAACUUACUCUCUUCAGCUUUUCACCGUGUUAGACACCAAAGAAAGCGUGGCUUACACUAGUAGAAAUUUUACCACAAAACCCAACACUCCUGGGAAGUUUAUUGUAUGGUUCAGAAAUGAAACGACCUUGUUGGUCCUUUGGCAGCCGCCCUAUCCUGCAGGGAUUUACACCCACUACAAAGUUAGCAUAGAUCCUGCUGAUGCCAUAGAAUCUGUUCUUUAUGUGGAGAAGGAGGGGGAACCACCUGGGCCAGCACAGGCGGCCUUCAAAGGACUCGUACCCGGUAGAGCUUACAAUAUUUCCGUGCAAACGGUAUCGGAGGACGAGACUUCGGCUCCAACGACAGCCCAAUAUCGAACGGUACCGUUGCGUCCUUUGAACGUCACCUUCGAUAAAUCUUCAAUAACGUCCACUUCUUUCCGCGUCUUUUGGAAUCCUCCUGAAGGAAUCUCUGAAUUCGAUAAGUAUCAAAUUUCGUUAGGGGGCAACCGAAGACUUGCACCGGUCACGAGAAAUCGGGAUGACGAGAGUAAAUGGGAAUUCAAGGAUCUAGAACCGGGGAAAACAUACCAGGUCGUCGUGAAAACGGUGUCGGGCAAGGUUACUAGCUGGCCAGCUAGUGGAGAUGUAACUUUAAAGCCAUUGCCGGUGCGCCAAUUACGCACCGUCAUCGAUGAAAAGACUGGAAUGGUGGAGGUUUCUUGGCUUCCCGACAAUUCCAGCAGUCAGGAUAACUACAAGCUGCAGUAUCAUGAGGUGGAAACAGCGAUAGGCGGCGACAGUAAUACCCUAACUACUGAUAAAACAAAAGUUACGUUAGAAGCUCUGCUACCUGGCCGGAAUUACUCGAUAAUCGUACAAGCAAUUAGUAAUAAAAUCGAGUCAAACGAAACCGUUUUAUACCAAGUCACACGACCGUCCAGUCCGAUCAUCGAGGAUCUGAAACCGAUCGAGAAGGGACUGAACAUCUCGUGGAAAAGCGACGUCAAUUCGAGACAAGAGAAAUUCGAGGUGACACAUAACAGGAAUGACACUGGAGAAAGUGCAACAACAUUAACCACGGAAUCCCACAUUGUUCUGGAAGACCUUUAUCCUGGCGCGGCCUACGAAGUUAAAGUAUUCGCCAUUAGUCAUACCCUAAGAAGUGAACCACACGACUAUUUUCAAGCAGUUUUGCCGAAACCACCAAAAAAUUUGAGUUUCGAAAGGGUAACCAGCCACACCGUCGUAGUGCAAUGGGAAGCACCGUCGAACUCGUUGUACACCGAAUUCUCGAUUCGAUAUCGAACAGAAGACGAUCCGAGAUGGGUCAAGUUGCCCAGCGUCCGAGAAACGGAAGCGGAAGUGGCGGAUAUGACGCCUGGAGAAAAAUACACGAUUCAAGUGAACACCGUCAGUUACGGUGUCGAAAGUCUUUAUCCGCUACAAUUGAAUCACACAGUUCGCCCAAAUCCUGUGCUAAACAUCACUCCGAUCGUCGACUCGACCAACGUAACGCUGGAGUGGCCACGACCGGAAGGCAGGAUCGAGACGUACGUGAUAAGGUGGUGGCCUUUCGAAAAUCCCGAGGACAUUCGUUCGAAAAACGUCUCGGAGAGCAACGACGUGUCCAGCACGCUUUUCGACGAGAACGCUGUGCAAAGGGUCCUCGUUGGCGACCUGAUGCCGGGCGUUCAAUACUCUUUCACGAUCUACACGUUGUCCUACGGCCUAGUCAGUGACGUCACCAAUUUGACCACCAGGACAAUGCCACUAAUCCAAUCGGAAGUCGUUGUGGUGGUCGAUCGAGAUCAACCGGACUCCUUGACCUUGAGAUACACACCGACACCUAUCCAGACCUCGAUUUUCGAUCUCUAUCGAUUCCGGAUUAGCGACGAGAACAACACGACGAAAGAGCGACUGGUUGACGACACCGACACUAAGGUGACCUUCAACGGCCUAACACCUGGUAAACUCUACAACGUGACGGUUUGGACUGUCAGCGAUAACGUGGAGAGCAGACCUCUGCUUAGGCAGGAUAGACUUUAUCCUGAACCAAUUACGUCGAUCCAGGCGAUAAACAUCAAUGACACCAAGAUUACGUUGACGUGGGACAUACCACGCGGACAGUACGACGGAUUCGAGGUCCAAUACAUAAACACAGACGGGAACUACAUUCAGAACAUCACUUCUGUGAACCUGAUCACAAUCUCCGAUCUGAAACCCCACAGAAACUAUACUUUCACGUUGAUAGUACGUUCCGGCACGGCGUCGUCUUAUCUCAGAGUCUCUAAUCCGCUGAGUGCUAGCUUCACCACCAGCGAGUCCUAUCCCGGCAGGGUGGAGAAGUUCCAUCCCACGGACAUCCAGCCGAGCGACAUCAGCUUCGAAUGGUCCCUGCCAAGCCAAGAGCAAAAUGGCAUCAUCCGAAAAUACACCAUCACCUACGGACUGGAAGGUUCAGCGCACACUCAGAUGCAGGACUUCAGACCGAACGAGUACCGCGGUGUCAUCAAGUCCUUGAUUCCGGGUAAAACGUACACCUUUCGGAUCCAAGCACAAACGAAAAUCGGUUUCGGGCCCGAGGCGGUUUGGAAGCAGAAAAUGCCGAUCCUGGCACCACCGAAGCCGCCGACGCAGGUGGUACCAACGGAGGUCUGCAGGAGCAGCAUGACGAUUCAAAUCCGCUUCAGGAAAAACUACUUCAGCGAGCAGAACGGCGCGGUCACGUCGUAUACGAUUAUCGUAGCCGAGGAUGACAGCAAAAACGCGUCCGGCUUGGAAAUGCCUAGUUGGAGGGACGUUCAGGCCUACAGUAUUUGGCCACCAUACCAGGUGAUGGAACCUUACUAUCCGUUUAAAAAUGGCUCCGUCGAGGACUUCACGAUCGGCAGUGAGAACUGUGACAACAAAAUCGGAUAUUGCAAUGGACCACUAAAAUCUGGUUCGACUUAUCGAGUGAAAGUGCGUGCGUUUACCGCGCCGGACAAAUUCACGGACACGAGUUACAGCUUUCCGAUUCAAACAGGAUUGCUGCUGGCAGAUAAGGAUAACACAGCCAUAAUAGUUGGGGUCAUAGUCCCAAUAGUAUUCCUGUUGACCCUAUUGGGUAUUGGGCUGCUGGUGAGAAGACGAAGAAGCCAAGGUCGCAAAACGACCGAAACUAGAACAACCGAUAAUCUCUCCUUACCAGACAGCGUUAUCGAGACUAGUCGACCGAUCAAAAUCGAGGAUUUCGCUGAGCAUUACCGCACGAUGUCCGCGGAUUCGGAUUUCCGUUUCUCAGAGGAAUUCGAAGAAUUGAAACACGUUGGAAGGGACCAGCCUUGCACAGCGGCGGAUUUACCGUGCAACAGACCAAAGAAUCGUUUUACAAACAUUUUGCCCUAUGAUCACAGUAGAUUUAAGCUCCAGCCUGUGGAUGACGAAGAGGGUUCAGACUACAUCAACGCCAAUUACGUUCCAGGCCAUAAUUCUCCAAGGGAGUUCAUCGUUACUCAAGGUCCAUUGCAUUCGACUCGCGAUGACUUCUGGAGAAUGGUCUGGGAAAGCAAUAGCAGAGCGAUUGUGAUGUUGACGAGGUGUAUCGAGAAGGGUAGGGAAAAAUGUGAUCACUAUUGGCCCACGGACACCUUGCCGGUUUAUUACGGAGAUAUUUGCGUCACGAUAUUGAACGAAACACAUUAUCCAGACUGGAGUAUAACGGAGUUUAUGUUGUGCAGAGGAGACGUGAAUAGGGUAAUACAACACUUCCAUUUUACAACGUGGCCGGACUUCGGUGUUCCAAGUCCACCUCAGACGCUGGCCAGAUUCGUGCGAGCGUUUCGGGAAAAGGUUCGGUCCGACCAAAGACCGAUAGUCGUGCACUGUAGCGCCGGUGUUGGUCGCAGCGGUACUUUCAUCACGUUGGACAGAAUCCUCCAGCAAAUUCUGGUGUCCAAGCACGUUGACAUUUUCGGGAUUGUCUGGGCAAUGAGGAAAGAGCGUGUCUGGAUGGUCCAAACCGAGCAACAGUAUAUUUGUAUACACCAAUGUCUUCUGGCGGUCUUGGAGGGUCAAGACAUGACUGGACCUCCUCGAGAGAUUCAUGAUAAUCAGGGAUUCGAAGAUGAUGAAGGAAUAGCGGAAUCAGGCAUGUGAUCUUCGAGUCUCUCGUUGUGUUCAGGGAUCAACGAUGAUAAAGACCUUUAAGAGGUACUUUGGUAAAGGUGGCGAGAGACAGCGAAAAUAGUAUUACAGUGAUAUUAUGAGUGAUAUCUCGGACGACGUAGAAUCAUUCGUGAAAGUGUUCGAUGUUGAAUGAACAAAAUGUUGUUGAAACCAACCCACGCAUCUAAGUGAUACACAGUUUUAAUUUCGUGAAGUUCGAAGCUAGAGUGAUGAAAAUAGCCUAAGCGAAACAGGAGACGAGGAAGUGGCCGAAUACUCGUGUAAUGUCUCGUAUAAUCAUCGGAAACAGUGUUCAACAGAUGAUACAGUUCUUGACAAUAAUUAUUUAUUUCUCUCGACGCUUUGCCAUGAAAAUGUCACGCGAAUCCGAGGAAACGAUCAUCGUUCUACCCGACGAACCUCUCGGUUUCCAUUUCCGAGGAAUGUCGCAGUCAAAUAGUAGCGAGAAGGUUUAUUCCUAUCUUUUCUACGAUAGCUAGAUUCAAUUAAACGAUCUGAUCGUGCGCGACAAAUGUGUUUAGGACAAAUUUCCUGAAAAACCGAGCGACGAUUACAGAUGAAAUCGAACAAAACGUAAAGAACAAUGAUCAAAUUUUUCGUAUAAAAAGAAAGAAGAAGGAAGAGAAUAAAGAAGUCACGAUCAAAAUGAAGAACUGUUUACCCUGACGGACGCCAACGAUGACUUUCGUAUUUUUUUGACGAUUAUUUACAUAUCGAAGAAACGUGGACGACGUUUUCAAACGAAGGUGGCAGAGUGUGAAUAGAAGGACCUGGGGGUCCGGAAUGGUUCGUCACUAUUUUGUAAAUACGAAUAUCGACCACUGUCGACCAUUUUCAGCGAACUAGACGGCUUCAAAUGUGUUGAACGAAUCCGGAACACGUCGAUUUCAAUGUUUCCACGAUUGAAGCUCGCGUUUAGGCGUCCAUCGUGAUAUAGAUAACUCAAAGUUGCAUAUCUUAAGGAAUGUAACAGUGGGUUGCCACGGUUCGAUCGAGAGAAUUCGGUACGCGACGAAGUAACGCAAUGAUAACUAUGACAUUUAGCAGGUUUUACGAAACAGAUGCUGAUGAAAUAAAACUCAUUCGUCAUGAAAUCAUGACACGAAAUAAUCUUUAUAAAUUAUUGAAGUCAACUGUGAAUUGCAGAUUGUCUUAAAUCAAAUAAUACGCUAAAGUUCAAUGGCAGAUUUCGUUAUUAUGUUUAUUAAAAUACCUGUUUAAUGGGAUAUUCAAUAUCUAAGUUAGUUAUGACUAAAAUUUGCCUCAUGUAUUAUGGUAACAUGCGUAAACAUAUUCUUUUUGCUUAUUCCUACGUCAUAACUAGAUCGUGGAUAUUUAUGCACAAUAAAAAAUUUCCAAGUUAAUUGUAUGAAACAUGAAUUAGAUGAAUAUGUCUUUCCUUUGUAAAUAGUGUAGCAAUAUCUUUAAAUUCUUCUAAUGCCUUGUGCCUUCGAAAUUUUAAACAUCUGUUAUAUUAGGUACCUAACUUUAUAAGGAGGUAUUUUUAUAAACAAAAUAUUCAGAUCUUUUCAAUAUUCGAAAUCUCAAUUAUGUCUGUAAAAGUUCAAACAAAAUAUGGAACAAUACAUUACAAAAUAAUAAUGUAUUUCACGUAA